AUGGGGCGUCACCCAAAGCACGUUCUCGUGCUCGGCUCCCUGCUCAGUCUCCUUCUGAGCUUUGCGUCGGCCAUACACACGUUCGGUGAAAACAACAGCACCAUCCAACUUAGAGCUCGAGACUCCACAUACCCGUUUCCCGCAGCCGGUGAUGGAGUCUGCUACACCUAUGUCGUUCAAGAAGGUGAUACCUGCGAAAGCGUUGCCUCGACUCGAAAGAUCACAGCGGAUGAUCUAGUAAAGUACAAUACGAAGACGUGGCGAUGGGCGGGAUGCAAUCCCAUGGCCCUGGGAAGCAUCGUCUGCCUGGGCCCUGGCGAAAUCCCCAUGCCAGUUGCUUUGCCGCAGGCUGUGUGUGGUCCGCAGGUGCCUGGAACUCAGAGACCAGCGAACAUGGAUGAUCUGAAGAGUCUGAAUCCCUGCCCCAGUGGUGAUUGUUGCUUCGCGAAUGGCCAUUGUGACUCGAAGUGCUCCAGUGGUGACUCGGGUGCAGUUGCAGCUGUGACAACUACUACGACAGAACAAACAGUAACCACCACUUCACAAGAGCAGAAGAUAUCUUCGACCGCUACCAAGGAAACGACAACCACCAAGAAGGAAGAGCCCAAGACCAUGACGACAACUACCAAGGAGGAAGAGCCCAAGACCACGACGACAACCACCAAAAAGGAAGAGCCCAAAACCACGACGACAACCUCCAGGAAACCAGUCAAAACCUUCAGCAUAACCGCCUACGAAGGCAAAAACUGUGAUCCUGACAACGGAAACUACUUCGUUGUGUCGGGAUACUCGGCUGACUGGUCUCCCUGCAUCGACGUUUCGUCUGAUCUCCCUCCCUCGGACGACGAUGCCCAGAUCUGGUGUCAGUAUUACACCAAUGGUGGAUUCUCGUGGUCCAAUUGUUCUGCGAAUGACCUGCUCCAUCCCAAAUCCUGGGCUAUGAGGGCUGGCGGCUGCGCAACCUUCAGAGAUCGUGCGUGCAAGGAACCGGGUGGCUCGGUUUACCCUGGUACUUCUAGACCGUGCCAAGAUGAACAUACUGGUGUUUUGUCGGAUGAUACCUUUGGUUCACUCUCUUGUAUGAGUCCUAUGGACAUGUCUUGA